AUGGUCAAUCGAGGUGAUAUCUCUCUCUCACACGUUGGCACAGCAGACAUGGUUGCGGACGUAUUCACCAAAGCGCUAGGCCCCAAGUUUUUUGGUACACAUUGCUAUGCUCUAGGCCUCCGGACGCGACAUCCACGGCUCAAGUCUACCUCGCGUUCGCGUGGGGGGGGGUGUGAGGAAUCCACUCUCCGCUCGGCUCAGGACUUAGGCGCGCGGAGCGAACCGGGCGCGGACUUAGGCGCGCGGAGUGAGCCGGGCGCCCCGGCCCAGGACUUAGGCGCGCGAAGCGAGCCUGGGACUUAG